UGACGUAAGCACGCGACCGGCCAGCCGGGAUGGCUGGGGGUGACGGCCGCCUACUGCAGCAGGUGGACUGUCUUAACUUGCAGCUUCCCUGAGGUGCAGACAGCUGGGCAUGGGCCUCCCGAGGCUUCGCCAUGAGCUUCCUGAUCGACUCGAGCAUCAUGAUCACCUCCCAGAUACUGUUUUUCGGAUUCGGAUGGCUUUUCUUCAUGCGCCAGUUGUUUAAGGACUAUGAGGUGCGUCAGUAUGUCGUGCAGGUGAUCUUCUCCGUGACUUUUGCAUUUUCCUGCACCAUGUUUGAGCUUAUCAUCUUUGAAAUCUUGGGAGUUCUGAACAGCAGCUCCCGUUAUUUCCACUGGAAAAUGAACCUGUGUGUAAUUCUGCUCAUCCUGGUUUUCAUGGUACCUUUCUACAUUGGUUACUUUAUCGUGAGUAACAUCCAACUGUUACACAAACAGCGCCUGCUCUUUUCCUGUCUCUUAUGGCUGACCUUUAUGUACUUCUUCUGGAAGCUGGGAGAUCCAUUUCCCAUACUCAGCCCAAAGCAUGGGAUCUUGUCCAUAGAACAGCUCAUCAGCCGGGUGGGCGUGAUCGGGGUGACGCUCAUGGCUCUACUGUCCGGAUUUGGUGCUGUCAACUGCCCGUACACAUACAUGUCCUACUUCCUUAGGAACGUGACUGACACGGAUAUCCUUGCGCUGGAGCGGCGCCUGCUGCAGACCAUGGACAUGAUCAUAAGCAAAAAGAAAAGGAUGGCCGUGGCGCGGAGAACCAUGUUCCAGAGGGGGGAGGUGCAGAACAAGCCGUCGGGAUUCUGGGGCGUGCUGAAGAGCGUGACCGCGUCAUCUGCAGGAAGUGAAAAUCUGACUGUUAUUCAACAGGAAGUAGAUGCUUUGGAAGAACUAAGCAGGCAGCUUUUUCUGGAAACAGCUGAUCUGUAUGCUACUAAGGAAAGAAUUGAAUACUCCAAAACUUUCAAGGGGAAGUAUUUCAAUUUCCUGGGUUACUUUUUCUCUAUUUACUGUGUCUGGAAAAUUUUCAUGGCGACCAUCAAUAUUGUUCUUGAUCGAGUUGGGAAGACUGACCCUGUCACCAGAGGCAUUGAGAUCACUGUGAAUUACCUGGGGAUCCAGUUUGAUGUGAAGUUCUGGUCUCAACAUAUUUCUUUCAUUCUGGUUGGAAUAAUCAUUGUCACAUCCAUCAGAGGACUGCUGAUCACUCUUACCAAGUUCUUCUAUGCCAUAUCCAGCAGUAAGUCCUCCAAUGUCAUUGUCCUGCUCUUAGCACAGAUAAUGGGCAUGUACUUCGUCUCCUCGGUGCUGCUGAUCCGAAUGAGCAUGCCCCCCGAGUACCGGACCAUAAUCACGGAAGUCCUUGGGGAGCUUCAGUUCAACUUCUAUCACCGCUGGUUCGACGUCAUCUUCCUCGUCAGCGCCCUCUCCAGCAUACUCUUCCUCUACCUGGCUCACAAGCAGGCACCAGAGAAGCAUAUGGCGCCCUGACCUUAGAGCCACUGCAGACUGAGGAAGGAGACACAGUGGGCCAUACCUGGGCCUUCAAUUCUGUGAGCAGAUGAGCUGCUAGGGCGGUUUAUUCUGCAUCCAGCACUUGCCUUACUCCUCCUGUGGCAGUACUGGAGUUAUAAGGAGUUCCCACGGAGGCACGAGAGGAGAAAAGCCCGCAGCAUUCUGCAGGGAGCAUGCGUGGGUCUGAAGCUGUGCAAUGUGGAGAGUGAGGGUCAGGGCAUGAGGAUACCCUGGUGCUCCUCAGGUGGCUUCCCUCAAAAAACUUAGUAAAAUCGGAAUUUGUAACAC